AUCGAAAAAAUAAGUAUGAAAGGGGAACAUGUGAAGAUACCGUAAUAAUGCGUUGCCAGUGCUAUGUAUAGAAGUUUCCAAAUUUGAACCCCUAUUUUAGCGAAGCAGAAAGGAGCCAACAUAACAGUAGCACGUAAUGGCUGUUCAUACGCGCCAUUUACAGUUCUAUGUACAUAUUUAAGAGAAACAGCCCAUUCAUUUGUUCAUUCGUUCAUUCUUCCCUUUUACGCAGUUUAACAAGAAUGGCAACAGUCAGUGGGUCAGAAACGUUUUUGCCUCUUGCCCUGAUGGAUAAGUGCAUAGGCAGCAAAAUAUGGGUUAUGCUGAAGGGUGACAAAGAAAUAGUUGGGAAGCUCGUCGGAUUUGAUGAAUAUGUGAAUAUGGUACUAGAAGACGUUACGGAAUACACUUACAUAAACAACGUUAAGAAAGUGAAUAAAAUAAAAAAGCUGCUGCUGAACGGUUUGAAUAUAACAAUAAUGGUCCCAGGAGGUGUCCCUGUUAAUUACUACGAUUAUGAAGAAAAGCUGGAGGAAAACAUCGCAUGAUGUGAUGGUAUUUUUUUUUUUUUUUUUUUUCAAAUUU